CAAAAAAUAUUUACACAUGCUGUCCUUGUCCGUCUGAGUUUAAAAGGCCAUUUCAGCUGUCUUGCUUGCACUCUUGUAAGCCCCAUCAUGGCAAGAGCUGUGGUGCAAGUAACCCUCUUUGGGCUGCUGCUGGCUUUGGUAACCACACUACCAAACAAGGAUGACUGGGACAUCUACAGCUUUCACAUCAACUCAACAGUGAGCAGUCGUUAUGCAACCACAGUCAUCACAAGCCGUGUGGCCAAUCGAGUGGACGAGUCAAAGGAAAUAGAAUUUCAAGUCCGGAUUCCCAAGAAUGCCUUCAUCAGUAAAUUCAGAAUGUUUAUAGAUGGCCAGGCAUACGAUGGGGUUGUGAAAUCUAAGGAGGCGGCUAAGCAGCAGUACACUGAUGCUGUGUCACAAGGCCAGAGCGCUGGGAUUGUCAGUUCUGUAGGGAGGACUCUCGAAGAAUUCAAGACCUCUGUGAAUGUAGCAGCUCACAAAAAGGUCACUUUUGAACUUACAUAUGAGGAACUACUGACACGCAAACUGGGCAAGUACGAGCUGCAAAUCCACGCCCGACCAAUGCAGCCUGUAAAAGACUUCAAGGUUGAUGUGUACAUACAUGAGAAAGCUGGAAUCAAUAUCAUGGAGGUUAAAGGUGGACUAAGCACCAAUGCCAUGGCUAAUGCCAUCACCAAAACACAUUCAGACACACAGGCGUGGGUGUAUUUCUACCCAACUGAGGAACAACAAAAGACGUGUGACCGCUGUGGAGAGCAAGGCAUGAAUGGAGAUCUGGUUAUUGUUUAUGACGUCAACAGGGACAACUCAUUUGGAGACAUCAAGAAGUCAUCAGGGUACUUCGUUCAUCACUUUGCUCCAUCUAAUCUUGCCCGAAUACCAAAAAAUGUGGCCUUCAUUAUUGAUCAAAGUGGCUCAAUGCACGGCAGAAAAAUACAACAGACCCGAACUGCAUUGAUUCGUAUCUUGAAUGACCUGGCAGAAGAAGACCACUUUGGUCUGAUCACUUUUGAUGGCUCCAUUUUUCACUGGAAACGAGAGCUUGUUCAGGCUACGGAAGAAAACCUGGCUAGUGCCAAAACCUUUGCACAGCGGAUACGAGAUAGAGGAGCCACGGACAUUAACCAAGCAGUUUUAGAAGGAGCACGAAUGCUGAAUGCAAAUCCCAGAGAAGGCUCAGCAUCUAUUCUCAUACUGCUCACAGAUGGAGACCCAACCUCAGGGGUGAUAAAUCUGGAAGUAAUUCAGUCAAAUGUAAGAAAGGCUAUUGCAGGUAAAUUCCCUCUCUACUGCCUCGGUUUUGGUUUUGAUGUCAAUUUUGAGUUCCUUGAAAAGAUGUCACUGCAGAACAACGGUGUGGCUCGACGGAUUUAUGAAGACUCUGAUGCUGAGUUACAACUCAAGGGUUUCUAUGAAGAGGUGGCAACUCCUUUGUUAACAGAUGUGACAAUGGUUUAUGAGGGUGGGAUUAAUCUAACCCAGACUAACUUCAGCCAGUAUUAUAAUGGCUCUGAGAUUGUUGUGGCAGGUCAGAUCACUGACAACGACAUCGGAACCUUCACUCCACAAGUUGUGGCUGUUUCGAGAAAUAGAAAGGUGGUGUUUCCUGGAACAAAUGUUACAGUGGAGUCAGCCGAUGUGUCUGACAGUAACAUCCAGAGAGUUUGGGCCUACCUCACAGUAAAACAGCUUCUAGAGAAAGAACUGCGGUUAUCUGGACCAGAGAAGGAGAACGCUAAGAAAGAGGCCUUGGAGCUGUCGCUGAAAUACAGCUUUGUGACCCCACUCACAUCCAUGGUGGUCACCAAGCCUCCUGGGGAGAGCUCAGAUGUGCUCAAUAAACCCAAGGAAGGUGAAGCACCUCAGACCCCAACCUCUAAUGCGGGGCAUUACGUACCCGUGGCUAUUCCAGGUAGUUCUGCCAGGUCUUUUGGUGAUUUUCUUGAAGAAGAAUUUGAUGCUAUAUAUGAGCCACCCAGUGCUACAAUGGGAAACGCUAUAGGUUUAGGAGUAUUUAAUAGAUAUAAUUCAUGGUACUAUUUACAGUAUAUUGUGCUGUAAUUCAUUUAAAAAAAAUAAUGAUCAAUAACAAAAGAGGCUUUGAUUAUUAGUUCCAGUUAAUCACAAUUUUCAAACCUUUGUAUUUUUUAACACUAUCCUGGCAGCCUGUUGGGGCCCUGGCCACCCUGCCCUCCACCUGUAUCCGCCCCUACUGUCCAGCCAAAGUUAUCGUAGCCCAUCCAGCUCAUGGCGUCAUCACUACAUAUUUGAAGUUGUCUGUUAUUGUCAUGUUAGAUGCAAACAAAAGACCACUCAAACAACUACAUUUACACUCUGCACAAUUUUAGCCAGAUGUUUCCAAACAUCCUAACUUUAGUACAUAAUCUUAUGUUCAGUUUACCAUUACUGCCUGAGAAUUACAAACCACGGCUCACAGAGUGCAACAGAUAAACAAAUACUUGAACAACAAAUACUUAAAUCUCAUACAUGUUGUUUGCAUUGAUGAUCUAUUUAUGUGCAAAAUAUCUUGUGACAGAAACAGAUUUCCUUAGUGAAAUCUAAACAAAGAUGUUUAUUAAACGUUUUCAGUUAAGAAUGUCUUUUCAGCAGUGGCCAAAGAUAGUUUUUAAUCUUUUAAUGCAAAAACUCUCAAUGGAAAAUGUGUCACAUUUAUUUAAACAAAUUAAGCACGGCAUGCAUUUUGUUUAAACCUUUUUUGGAUUGUCAGAUUAUUGGGAGCUAGUUUUGAUGC